AUGAUGUCCUCAAUCCCACUUAAUGCGGGACGUCGACGCGUCUUCGGCUCCGUCUUCUCCCCCGCGUCGCUCGAAGCCCGACCACCGUUCGCAUCGAGUUUCGAUCACGACCAGACCCCGAUUGCGUCCUUCCAAUCCUCAAGCACGAUUAGAAAUGAUUCAUUUGAGCCGUUGUAUCAGACGCAGGGCGGUUCAUUGGAUCGCCAGUCCUGUGAACAGGCAUGGUCUGCCGCGACAGCUUUCCUAGCCAUCCCCGAUCGGGGGUUCGCGCUCGUAUUCAAAUUAAGAGGAAUGGAUGGCAAUGAAGCCUUGAAGAACUGGGACAGGCUUACUCCACCUUCCAAGGAAGCCGGGGAAGCACUUGCAUAUUUGGCUGCUUCGGCUCAGCAGGCUCAGGUUUUUAAACAGAAAGACUUGUUUGAUUGGUAUGGCGAUGAGAUGCGGAGACAUUUCCUCACGAAUUUACGGGGCGGACUCUGUGAGCUUCUUGCCAAUUCGGAGAAAGAAGGCCUCUUGCGAGCAAUUGUCGAUUGUCUGCAAUUAGCUCGACGAAUCUAUCUAGCACCGAUCGUGCAUUACAUGAUGCCCCUCAUAGCUACCUCCGAGCAAGGCCAGAUAUUGACUCAGCUUCAGCGUGUCUUUCAUACAGUUGUAUCGUAUUCAUUGCCCUGGGGGCAGAUGUCCACGCUUCUCGCUGACGAGCUGUCGCGAGACGCGCUCAUCAUUUUGGGAAUUGACACGAUGCUCGAAAGCUCAGAUUCCGAAGAUAGUAGCCAAGACGACAUGGAAUUAGAUGGUUUCUAUUCAGUUUCCUACAAGGACUGGAAACACGCAAGCCCAGAAGUUCGUGCGGUUAUGAUGACUGGUGGCGAGAUGCCAGCGGUCACGAUGGCCCGAGAUCAGCUUCUUGCUUUCCUGAACGGCUUACAAUUAGUUGGACUUGGCGGUGAUAAGGCUCAAAAGGUCUUUGCCAGUGUAAUGAAUCUUAUGAUGACCGAGUUUGUACGUGCGGCAUACACAAAUCAGUGGAAGAGACCGAGCGCCGUGCCCCAUCAUUUGAGAUGCUGGGUUGAGAAUAUCUUUUCACGACUCGCAGUGCAAGUUCUUGCUAUUAUCCAAGGGCCAUCUGCCGGAUCAGAGUUACCAUCUGCCUUGGAUGUCAGUUUCGGCGACGUGGGAAAAUGGCAAGAGAUUGCGACUGCUCGCCUCGGUGCGCUCCGGACAAGUGAACUAUUCGACAUCAUUAUUUCCUGGCCUGCCAGCUCCGGCGCCAUUGAAGAUCUUCGGCAAUUUACAUAUCAUCCUGCCGCGAGAGCCCAUGUGACGCAGACCUUUAUUUCCCUUAUCAACCAGCGUCUUUUGCACCCUGGCGCUUCUACAAUUCAGAUUCUGCAACUUUACAUAUCUAUCAUUCGAGCCUUCCACCUCCUGGAUCCCAAGGGCGUCCUACUUGAUCGAAUUGCCCGGCCCAUAAGACGAUAUCUGAGGGAGCGAGAUGAUACAGUUCGAGUGAUUGUUAGUGGCUUAUUGGCUGAACCAUCGGCCACUGCGGCAACCGAAUCAACUCCGCUACACUCUACUGGAGAAAAUUUGGUCGAGUUGGCGACGGAGUUAACUAGAGCCCACCAGUUUUCACUAAAUCAGACUAAGGGCGAAUUGGACUGGAAUGACAUGACCUGGGUGCCCGACCCUAUCGAUGCCGCACCAGAUUAUCGAAAGUCCAAAAGUGCAGAUGUAAUCGAUAGUCUUGUGAGUUUGUUUGACUCAAAAGAGACAUUUGUGAAAGAACUUCAAACUCUUCUGGCAGAUCGUCUCAUACAGAAACGUGAAAAAUUUGAUCAAGAGAUAUCGGUUCUGGAGCUUCUCAAGGUGCGGUUCGGCGACUCCGCUUUACAGGCAUGUGAGGUUAUGUUGCGUGAUAUAUCCGAUUCUCGAAGAGUCGAUGCUGUCGUGCGAAAUGAUCAAGGAUUUAGUAAACAGCCGCAACGCAUGACAUUGAAGAGCGUCGCCCUCAGACCCAUCCCCAAACCGGGUAUCCCAGAGCUUCAUACAAAGAUCUUGUCCCGCUUCUUCUGGCCUGAGCUCCAAGACCAGGAAUUCAAGGUCCCUGCUGAGAUCUUCUCAAUGCAGGAGAAAUACUCUGCGGGCUUUGAAACACUCAAGCAAUCACGGAAACUUACAUGGCGGAAUGGUCUGGGUCAGGUUACUGUGGAAUUAGAACUGAGCGAUCGUAGCUUCACCGAUGAAGUCACCACCUGGCAAGCCACUGUGAUAUACGCAUUCCAAGAGGAUGGCGAUUCCGGUGAACCUGUCGUGAAAACGGUAGAUGAACUCGCACAGUCACUGGAGAUGGCCGUUCCCUCGUCCGCAGCGCGUGUCUAUUCUGGGUCAACCCUUCCUACGGAGGAUGAUCAUGGCGCAGGAGCGAAUGCUGGCUCCGAAACAGGAGACGAUAAUUCUGUGGGAGAUGCUGCUGACGCUGCAGCUGCAGCCGAAGCCGCUGCCGCCGCCGCGGUAAAGGAAACGACUGAGGCUGCCGCGAUGGAGAAGAUGAAUCUGCACUGGCAAUUUAUUGUGGGUAUGCUCACGAACCAAGGUGCAAUGCCCUUGCAGCGCAUUGUCAUGAUGUUGAAAAUUGUCGUCCCUGGUGGCUUCCCCUUCAGUAAUGAAGAGUUGCGUGAAUUCUUAGCUGGGAUGGUCACUCGAGGGAAAUUGGAGAUUGUCAGUGGAGGAAAUUACAAGCUUGUACACUAG